AUGAAGGUGACAGACGCAUCCUCUCGAACAUCCCUGCAGUUGCGCUUCCGAACAAGCAAGCCGCAUGGACUGCUCUUCCUGGCAGCUGGGAAGAGGGAUUAUUGUUUGUUGGAGCUUUGCUCGGGAAAUGUACAGUUGAGGAUUAACUUUGGAGUUGGGGAAGAAGUACUGCAUUCUCAGCAAAGUUCUCAGCUGAAUGAUUUAGCUUGGCACCUGGUUGAACUACACCAUGAACUUGAUAAUGUCACACUGGUGAUUGAUAAACAUGACAGAACUAGUGCAAAAAUGCCUGGMAUUCUGCAUGAACUAAAUAUUGAUUAUGGAUUCUUCAUUGGUGGUGCUAGUAAACUGGAUGUUCCCUAUCUUGAUGGAGCACUGCCUAGGUUCCGAGGAUGUAUUGAUGGUGUGACAUUUAAUCAGCUGCAUAUUCUGACGUCCCUUAGGCCUUCCCCUGGCUUUAAAAAUGUCCACGAGGUUUCAGUGGGAUGCAGUGAUGAGUUCUUUGCAGGUGAGGAUGAGCCCAUUAGCUUCUUCAGUUCCAGAUCGUAUGUUUCUUUCCCCUUGUGGAACAUUGAUGAUGAGGGAAUCUUGGAUUUUACACUACAGACUUCAGCUCCACGUGGCCUGCUGCUUUAUCAUUCAGGACAAAGAGGAGAUUUCAUUGCAAUGGAAAUGGAAGAUGGAUUAAUUAAGGCCUAUAUUGGAAAUCAUAAGAGUAGGACACAGCUUUCGUCUCGUAAGUCAGUCAAUGACAGUCACUGGCACUACAUUGAGCUGAAAUUUACUGCAGAAUAUGCACAGCUGAUGUUGGAUGAAGAAACUGUGAAAACAUCGUUGCCUCCCCAUGGCGAUCUGCCACUUCUGAAGGGGCCACUCUUUGUCGGUGGGGUGGAUGACMGCACCCGAUCAGAAGUGAUUAAGUUAGAGCUAGCCUCAGUGUCUGGGAAGUAUGCCAGAGGAGGGUCCUUCAAAGGUUGCUUAAGAGACCUGAAAGCCAAUUCAGAAAGGAAAUCACUGAAGAAUGUUCUGGUUACAAAGGAUAUUUCAGCURGAUGUGAAAUGAAAAACACUUUCAAUACAAACCUUUCUUUAAAGACAGCUGUAAGGAAUCCUAAUGUGAAAGCAGCUCCAACAUUUGUCAUCUCUCCUGAAAGUUCCCUUUCCCUGGUCAAGGAAAACAAAAGCCACCUUUUAGUUCUAAAUAACUUGACUGUGCUAGAGGGUGGGCAAGCUUCACUUGAAUCUAAACAUAUUAAAGCCAGCUUAGACUUUCAGAAUUCAGGGAUUCAUCAAUCACAAAUCCUUUUUGAAAUAAAGGAACCACCCAGUCAUGGCCACUUGAAAUUAGAUGCUGAACCAGUGCAGAAGGUGAAGUCAUUUACCAUGCAGGACCUGUGGCAAGGAAGGAUUCUUUAUGUCCAUGAUGGCUCUGAGAAUCCUUAUGAUCAUUUCACUUUCUCCAUUUCUACCAGCAACGAAGAGGUUGUGCUUCCAUAUUUGCAAGGUAAUGAGCAGCACUUGUUUAACAUUACUGUCACUCCAGUAAAUGAUGCUCCUGAGAUCACACUUCCUGAGGGGAAUUUACUAGUUCUGUUGGAGAACUCAAAGAAACGUUUGACUGGUGAUAUAAUAAAAGUUCUGGAUGAGGAUACGGAUUCUGAAAGUCUCAGUCUUUCAGUGCUCGGAAAUCUGAAUGCAGGUGCAGGGUUUUUGGAACAUUCGGAACAUCCUGGAAACGCUAUUACUGCUUUUUCUAACAAGGACUUAAGAAAAGGUGACAUUUUCUAUGUCCACACAGGUGUCAAAAACUCAAGGAUUGUUCUGAGGGCGAGCGAUGGCGAGAAAGUGAGCAAUACUGUUGUGUUACGUGUCAUGGCCAUUCCCUUGGAUUACAAAAUUGUCAACAACUCGGGAAUCGAACUACUGCAAGGUGCUGCAGCUCUGAUCACACCGAGGCAUUUGGCAGUUGAAACAAAUGCUGUCCUGCAGGAGCUGGAGAUAAGGUACGAGAUCACGGAACCGCCCCGCUUUGGGGAGGUCCAGCGGCAGCUCUCAAGAGGGAAAUGGAAGCAGGUCAGCUCUUUUUCUCAGCRCUCUGUUCAGCGCAGCCGUGUGAGAUACUGCAGCACUUCUAGAGAAACUCAACUGGAAAAUGUUACUGAACAAUUUAAAUUCAAGGUGAGCAUAGGAAGCAGGAUCAGUGAAGAGUACGUGUUUCCAAUCAAAGUGAGAUGGUUAAAGUACUAUUUAUUGAAACACACUCCUCUAGAAAUUGAGAAAUCAAGAAAGAAAUACUUGAAUUCAGAUAAUCUUUAUGCUGCAGUUGUGGAUCUAGACAUAGCUGAAGAUGAACUUCAUUUUAAAUUGCUUUCYCUACCAGAGAAAGGACAAAUACUUCUUAGUGAUGAACCAUUGAAAAAAGAUUCUGCCUUUAGCCAGAAAGACAUUGCUGAUCAAAAAGUGGCAUACGAAUUAAUGGGCAGUCAUCCUGAAGACACCCAGGAUUCAUUUAGAUUCCUCAUUUCUACUAAAUAUCUGGAAUCAAAUUUUUAUGAAUUCAUCAUCAACAUUAAAUCAGAUCUUGGAAGUGUUACUGUGACUAAUAAUGGCUUGACUGUUACUGAAGGUGAAGGAGAAUUCAUAACAAGCRCAAAAUUGUUUGUGCAAACACUGGAUAAUAAAACUUUCCAAUAUAAAGUUUUAAAAUUUCCUCAGCAUGGGAAAUUAAAACUCAUGAAUUUGUCAAGUUCGUUUGAGAGUAGUGAUAACAUCACCACUUUCACUAACCAAGAUAUAAUUGAUAAGCGCCUUAUGUAUGUGCACGAUGACUCUGAGACAGUGUUUGAUGAAUUUCUUGUGAGAGCUUCCAGUGAAGAAUCAGGAAAACGGAUAAACUCUGAUGCAGGAGUAGGGACUUCGUCGGUAGAAAUUAGCUUCAAUAUUUCUGUCCAGCUGAAGAAUGAUGAGAAACCAGUACGUGUAGUAGAUAAGGUGUUCGACAUAGUGAAAAAUGGGCAGCGAUUGUUAACUCUGGCAGAUCUUUGCCAUCAUGAUCCCGAUUCUGACUUUGAUGAUGGACGGUUGCUGUAUACUAGACGUGGCAUUUCCAAUGGAGAUUUGGUGCUCGCCAAUGAUACAUUUCACAGACUCUAUCAAUUCACACAAGAGGCCCUGGAACAGAAGCAGGUCCUGUUUAUGCACCGUGGCGCAGACGUGGGGCGCUUUGUCCUCUUUGUGACSGAUGGCAAGCACUACACAUCUUCGCUGCUAGAGGUUAGUGCCACGGAGCCCUACGUUAGGCUGGCAAAUAAUACAGGCUUGCUGGUUCAAAAAGGAAGAGAGGAAACUAUUGCAACAGCCAACCUCAGUGCUGUUACAAACCAAGACAUUAGAAGUGACCACRAGAUUAAAUAUGAGAUCCUCUCUUUCCCAAAAUAUGGACAAAUAUAUGUAAAUAACCAGUUGAUGGAUUCUUUUACUCAGCUUGAUCUGAGAGAGGGGCAUGUGGUCUACAGGCACGACGGCAGCAACAACCUUACUGACACAUUUAACUUCACAGUCCAUGCUAAGGAUGUCCGUGUGGAUGCUGGAGUGCAUGUUCGUGUGUAUUUGGAAAGUCAUCAGUGGCCACCGAGGAUUGUGAACAAUAACAAUCUCUUAGUUGAAGAAGGAAAACAAGUUAAGAUCAGUAAGGGAAAACUGCAGGUUGCUCACGAAAAUAGUUCUCCAUCUGAGAUUGUGUUCACAGUACGAGUACUUCCAGAACAUGGGUACAUUCGGAAGUUUUCAUCAGAAGAAAACGCUGCUGGUUCUGACCAAAAGCCAGUUUUGACGUUCACACAACAAGAUGUUGAUGAGGGCAACGUUCAGUACGUGCAGACAGUUUCUGGCCAACUAAAUGAUCAUUUUUCUCUGGAUGUGACCAAUGGUGUCCGAGUAGUGCGUGGAAUUGGAAUCUCUGUAGACAUCAUCCCCGGGGUGAUUCCACUGGAAGUGCAGAACUUCACAGUACUGGAAGGGGGCUCGAAAGCCCUCGUGGAAGAUUUUCUAAAAAUUACUAGUAGGCACUUUGCAAAACUCAGCUGUGAAUAUGUUUUAGUUGAGCAGCCAAAGCAUGGAUAUGUUGAAAACACUCGCAUUCCUGGAGUAAAGUUAACCAAAUUUACCAGAAAACAGGUUGAAGAAGAAUUGAUCUACUAUGUUCAUGAUGACAGUGAGGAACUGACAGACAAUUUUACUGUGAUAGUAAAUAAUACCGAACUUUGGAAACAAAGUUUGCCCAAGACUUUAUUUGUAACUGUUAUUGCAGUAAAUGAUGAAGCUCCUGUUAUAAAAGUUAACAAAAUUCUUCAGGUUUGGGUGGGUUCAGUCACAGAAAUAACUGUGGAUGACCUUUGUGCAGAAGACAAGGACUCCUCACCCUCUGAGCUGAUGUAUACCCUUACUGCGCCCAGCAUUGGGCACUUGGCUCUGAAGUCUUCUCCAAACAACAGCAUCCUUAAUUUUACACAGGCUCAUAUAGUCGAAGGGCAGCUGGUGUUUGUGCACAGUGGAGCAAUGUCUGGAGGCUUCAAUUUUCAGGUUACAGAUGGUUUGAACUUUUCACCCCGACAGAUUUUUAGCAUCACAGCUCAAACUCUGAUACUUAGCCUGGAAGUGAACAAAGGACUUGGAGUCUUUCCAGGAUCCAGGAAGCCUAUUUCACGACAUGAGCUGAAAGCUGUAACCAAUGAUAUGACCAAUGCAGGAAACAGAACUAUAACUUUUAUGAUUGUAACUUCCCCCAAACUUGGAAGGCUCAUCAGAGUGAAUUCUGAUAAUACCACUCAGGAAAUCCUCAGUUUUACACAGUCUAUGGUAGAUGAAGGUGUGAUCAUGUAUGAGCACUUACAAACUGAUGCAACUGACUGGAGUGCAGAAGAUGACUUUACGUUUACUGUCUCCUCUCCACCAUCAGCCCUGGACCUCCAGGUGUUCCAUAUUGCCAUCUCGUAUGGAAUUACCAGGCAUGAUCAGAACAGUUGUCUUCUGGCAAACACAGGUGCCAUUGUCCAGGAAGGAGGUAGAGUUUUAAUCAACAAAACAAAUUUAGAUGCUUCAAAUCUGCUAAUUAAGCUACCUGAAGUACAACGGUCCAUGUAUGAAAUAUGGUAUCAGGUUGUAUCUUUACCCCAACAUGGCACAAUUGUUGUUGGAGAAAGAAAUAUCACCAAAGAGAAACCUAACUUCUCCCAGUACAUACUGAACAAAUUUGGAGUUGUGUAUGUACAUGAUAAUUCUGAAUCACUCGCUGACCACUUCAUUUUUGCUGUGUGGUUAAACCUAAAGGGCAAAUCUGUUACAAAGCCUCAUGGGGAAGUUUUAGAAGAGAUGUUUAAUAUCGCUGUUGUUCCAGUGAAUGAUCAAGCUCCAGAGCUGAGGACUAAAAUGCUUCACUUGAAAGUGCUGCAAGGAGAUGUUUCAGUACUGGGGCCAGAGAAUCUGAAAGUCGAAGACCUAGAUAACAGCCCAGCUGAGCUCAAAUACACCAUUAUUAGCAAUCCUAAUAAUGGCUAUUUAGCAAUGAAGAGCAAUCUCAGUGUCUCCAUACAGGAUUUCACACAAGCUGAUGUUGACAGCGGCAGCGUUUGGUUUGUCCAGGAUGGCAGUUCUUCCUCUGGUGUGUUUUAUUUCAGUGUAACUGAUGGUAAACAUCGCCCUUUAUACAAACUUUUCACUCUUGAGGUCAUACCAAUUGCUCUUGUCCUGGUAAAUCAUACCAAUGUUGCACUGCCUCAGGGCCAGACAUCUGUCAUUAUUACUAAUGUUCAUCUAGCAGCUGUCACAAAUGGAAAAAGCACUAAUAUCAUGUAUGAAAUAACUCAGCCACUCAAAUUUGGGCAYCUGAUGAUUGAAAAUGAGCCGGUUACUAAAUUUGAGCAGGUGGAUUUGUACUCAGGAAGGUUGUCUUACCACUUGACAAAUCUCUCUGCAUUCGAAGAAUUCCUGGAGUUUAUGCUGUUCACUGAAGAAAGCAGUCUAGCAGGGCAAGUGCUGAACAUCACAGUGAAGCCUUUAGUACAGGUUGCUCCUGACGUGCAGAUCUCAAAUCAAGCAGUUUACACAUUCAGAAGCAGUGACCUGAAUGCUUUUGAGCUGGCUAAUUUGACAAGCAGUAAUCCUAGAUUCGAAGUGAUAGUGCCCCCGUUUCAUGGGAGAAUUGURAAGAAGAGGCUCAUGAAUGAUGCAGCAUUGGAAGAUGUUUUGGCAUUCACCCAGGCUGACAUCGAUAGAGGUGUUGUGUUCCUCCACGUAGAUACAAAUAUGACGGGCGUUGAUCUUUUAAAUGACUCCUUCACAUUUAUACUCAGGGCAGAUGCUGUGCAGCCUGCUGUGGGCCGUUUCCAGUACUCCAUAGUGCCACAUGAUCCUCUGCUUGUGCAGCGUUUUGCAACCCAAGUGCCUYUCUCAGCCAGCACAAUCUCUCUGAACGUUCUCGCUGCCUCAAGGGAUGAGGCACCAGGUUCCUCCCACAGUGCUGAGCCUUCAGUAGCAGCAGGGAAGACAACACCAACCACGUGGCAACGUCGUGACCGCUGGGGACAGCUACACAAGGAAAGUCCAUUGCCUAAUCUCGCAGUGGCAAAAGAUGGAUUCACAGAGGCUGAGAGCACAAUCCAAGCGAGUGGUCGGAGUCCCAGAAAGCAACCUAGUGAAAGCAGCAACCCUUGGUACAUCAUUAUCCCCCUGGUCCUGGUGUCUGUGUUGCUCAUUAUUGCCGUUAUUUCUGUGUGUGUUCUGUUACUGUGUCAGAGAAAAGAGAAGGCAAAGCCACUUGUCAAAAAUCAGAUGGAUGCAGUGCUCAGUAGCCCAGGCUGUGGUCCAGAACGGAGCUUGACRGUACCCACUGUCACAGUGACCCCUCUUCUCAAGGGGGCUGAGGGAGCUACAGCCACAGCAUUCACACCAAGAAGACACCAAGAGCAGAUGCUCCCUGCAGGUGCUACCCUGCUUCCUCCACCUGUAAAACAGUCCUUGCAAAACAGCUGGUUAAACCUCGAUCCUGAAAUGAUCCAGUACUGUCGAAGAACAAACCCCACUUUGAAACGCAAUCAGUACUGGGUAUAGCUGGCUUGGGUCAUAUAAAUAGGCCUAGAAGGGAAAGGAGAGUAUACAUUACUGACAUGUUAUUUACUCUUUAUUGUGCUUAUUUAUUAUUGGUUGAAUGAUUCAUACUUAGAAUAAAUGAAAGUGAAAUCAAAAAAAAAACCCAAAACAUUGAUUACAAUGGUCUUAAAAUCAGGUUUUCAAUUGUUACUUAAGCAAAGUUGCCAUKAAAUUCAGUGCAGAAUUUUGUUUUAUGGAUUUUUAAGCGUACCUUGUGCAUACACCACUUUUUUUUUUCCUUGUGACAGGAAUAAAGUAGAAUUUCCCAUCAUGGAUUAUAUAUUUUUAAUACAAUUACUUUUUUUUGAAUAAUCAAAUUUGCUGUAAUGUGCUGCUUCAGGACAGAAUAGAAGACCUAUUGCCACCCUUUUUAGAAGUAGUUGCUAGAUGAUUAGUCUUAAAAAUGUCAUUUUGACCUAAAGGCUGUUGAAAGGCCAGAGCUAAAGAAACAAAGGUGUGAUCAUGUUGACAGGUAUUCACCUGGGUCACUGAGCUGGAAAUCUAUGCAACAGUACUGUAGUAAUGACAAAGUGGUAAAACUGUUACUGUGAACUGUUUGUUUUUUGAGGUUUUUUUUUUUUUACCUUUAUUAUUGUACACUAACCUUUGAUAUGUGUGGACUGUUAAAAUGCACCCCUGACCUCUAAUGCUCGUAGCAAGAAGUGUGUGUGUGUGUCAGUCAGCCCGCCUGCUGCGUUGCCUUUAGGCUUAGGUGGUGUUUGGAAGCACGCAUCGAAUUUCCUGCUGCUGGCUAAGGGCUGGGCUGUGCCUCCAGGAAAGCAAAUGCAGCUCUCUGGAGCCUGGGAGUUCAAGUAGAUGCCACUGGGCUGAGACCUGAGUCUGCAAGUGUUGAGGAACUGCUGGCAGAAGCAAAAUCCUGUGCGAGGUAAAGGCUCUGUUCUGGAGGUGCUCGGCUUGCCCUUCAGCAUCACAUGGACCUUUAUGCAAUAUGRAGAGUCCUGGUACUCUCUGCUUGUAGCUCUGUUGCUAAAAUGUGCAAUAAUUUCCCUGUAGGGAGGGUGAUUUUGUUUAUAUGAAGAUCCAAGCUCAAUAGCGAUGGGCAGUCUCCUGYUAAGGGCCAGGUUUUUCCUCCGUGGAAACAACAGCAAAAUUCUUGUUGACUUCAGAGGGAAUUAAUUGACUUCAGGGGAAUGGUGCUGUGAUCAUAACCAGUCUCUUACUAAACAGUGAAUUCUGAUCUGUUUUUCCAGUUAGCUUUUCCGUAUUACCAUUGCACUCGRGGUCAGGAUACCACAGUACUGUUUUGAGUGGACACUGGAAUAAUGUUCUUGUUUGAGCCCAGGGGCUGCUAUUUUCACUUGUAGAAAGGAYGUAGGUGCCUGAGCGUCCUUGGUGCUAUUCAUUUCACCAUGCUUUUGUUGUUGUUAUUAUUGGUGACUUUUAGCUGUGAUUUUGCUAUUUACUCAAUCAUUUCACUUAUGGGGAAUUUUCACCAAUGAGGAUGGCCAGAUUAAGUCUCUGUUUAUUGCUUUGUCUUGGGAACUAAAUUGAAGAGCAUGAGGACAGGGUUACUGAUCGUUCUCACUUCUUCCACCAUCAGCCUUACUUGUGGUGCACUUUGCCCGUUUCUAGGGAAGAGUUCAGUGUCAGCAUAAAAUAAUCAAGCCACAUCUUCAGCUGAUGGAGUUAAUGGAGUACUGGUGACUAAAGAUGUGAACACUUUCCAUCCUCACACUGAAGUGUAUUUGGACACUGUGAUGCACAGUUUUUCUUUACCUAUCAUUACCCUUUUUCCCCGAUGCCAGUGUGAGCAGGCUGGAACUCACCCAGCACCAUCAAAGGUAAAGGCUGGGGUGUUCCAGUGCCCCAGGUGAGCAGAUCUCGCUCUGCUUUUCCAAAGAAAACCUUUGGAACUCUGGUUUUAGAAACUCAACUGGAGAGGUGGUGCUGCCAGGCAGAGCAGGGUGAGUCCUGCAUCCUUGUGCAGGUAGAUUUACAUUUCCUGCACCUUCCUGGGAGAUUUUCUUCUAGUGUCAAGCAAGCAGCUUCCUCCAAAGGCCAGCUGUCCUCAGAGGAUUCUCUGUGUUCUGCCUCUGUUGCCUUCUCGCUGGAGCAGGAAUCUUAUCCCUUCACACCUCCUGCAAGGCUCAAGGCAAGGAGGAGUAAAGAAUUAUAAUCCAGCACUUUCCUGACAUAAGGAGAGGCUUGUCUUGUGUUUCCCAGCUCCUGUGAUCUUCCUGUCAACAGCAAAAGAGAUGCUGUGCUUUGAAACCUCCAUGAGACCAAGAUGUGUGCUGCCAAUUUAGUGCCAAAAUGCUGUAAUACUGAAACCUGCUGGUGUAAGAGAAUCCCCACUGAGGAUGCCCUGACAUGUUGUCAGAAAAUGUGGAAGCAAAAUAGGUGCCUAAUGAGACUCUGCUAAACAAGCAUCGAGCGAGACAGGUCAAGUUUAGCUGUUCAGUGUGCCCUGGAGAUGGAGCGUAGCACUGCUCUGGUACUGAGGGUCUGAAAGUGGAAUUGGGAGGUAAUCUUAGAUGGGUCAGAAACACCAGCAGUACGACUACAGCCUCCAAACUGAAUGGAGCUGUUUGUGCCCUAURAACAAGAAAUCAUACAUGAAAAAAAGAAAACAGUAAUCUACAGGAUUAAUGCUGCAUUUUUUCAGAAUCAAAUAUAAUGGGUUGAACUCUUUUUCUGUUUUCAAAAUGCUUUUGGCUGAGAGUUUUUUCGUUUCAGGUAAAUCAGACAUAGAACUGUAUUUUGAGUGCUGUUCUCAUUUUUUAAAGUGUGGGGUUUUGUUUGUUUGCCUUUUUAAUAAAAACAAUCUCUUAUAGCCUAAUUCACUUGUGAAGUUUUCCAGUGUUGGGCCUUGUCCCUCAGUUGGUGCUCCUGGCAUAUAAUUUUGGGUACCAAAAUACCUGAUGUCCAGUGGGAACAUUUUGGUGAGAAUCACGUAUGAAAAAGUAUGUUUUAUCAGUGAUAAAACACUGAGUGUCAUGUGAAAUGUGGAGGUAAAAAUGCAAUUGAUAAGAUGGAUUUUAAUAUACAGCCUUGAAUUCCCAUUAAAAAAUCUAAUCAUCUUAAUCUAAAUCUCCCUAUUGGCAGUACAGAGAGGUAGUCUCUCUAGUAGAGGAUGGUUCUGUU